AUGUCUACUAUCAGGUUCGAGAAAAUGCAUGCCAAUGGCGACGACUUUGCCAUUAUUGAUCUCCGCGACCAGGACAUCAUAAUCGAUCAGGAUAUUGCGAGACGGCUUGGAGAUCGAAAUCGCGGGAUCGGAUUCAACCAACUCGUGGUUCUGUCAGCUUGCAAAGAUGCAGCAGCUUAUCUGGAUUUUUGGAAUGCAGACGGUUCAAUAUUGAACGCAUGUGGGAGUGCUACCCGUGGUGUGGCCUGGAAGCUGAUGCGUGAAACUGGCUCAUCCACUACGACUCUAAGGACGAUCCGGGGGCUCCUACAAUGCCACAAGGUUUCGGAUAACUUCAUUGCCGUCAGUAUGGGCUCUCCUCUUAUAGACUGGCGCGAGAUUCCAACCGCCCAAGAGGUCGAUACACUCAAGCUGCCUCUAUCUGGAGAUCCCGCGGCGUGCAAUAUGGGAAAUCCACAUUGCACGUUCUUCGUGAACGAUCUGGCGGCCGUGGACGUCAUGGUGCGUGGCUCAGCUAUCUAA